GUUAGACAUCAUGGUUCAGGGUCCGAGUCAGGGGCUUAACGAUUUAUAAGCUUUUUUCUUAUGAAAAAUUGGCACUAAUUAUAAUGUCUAGCUGCCAGAGUUGUUGCAGGCUUUACAGGAGACGCUGGAUGUGAAGAUGUUUUGUAAACUGUGAAGCGUUAUUAAAGAACACAUCUUUUGUUUGAGGAAACCACAGUGCAAAGUUCAUCGCCAGGGAAGAUAACGGGCCUCAGUGCCCUCCAAGCGUCAGCUGAGUUUCCAAGGAGCCGGGCAGCGGGCGCCCGCGGGUUUGUCUCUGGCUCCUCCCCCGCCACAGCGGCCGGGGUCCGGGUCGGAGGCAGCAGGGGCCGAGCGCCCGGCCUCGCCAGCCCACGGCCCGCUGGGGGUGCCGUCCCGCGCCGGGGCGGAGCAGGCCCCGGCCGCCCAGUUCCUGAUUUUAUCAGCGGUACCCGGGGCUCGUGGCGCCAUAGGCGCAGAGACCGCGGGCGGCAAAGGAUGGGUCCGCGCGGCGCGGCGAGCCUGCCCCGAGGCCCCGGCCCUCGGCGGCCGCUCCUCCCCGUCGUCCUCCAGCUGCUGGUGCUGCUGCUGCUGUUGGCGCCGCCGGGCUCGGGCGCAGGGGCCAGCCGGCCGCCCCACCUGGUCUUCGUGCUGGCCGACGACCUGGGCUGGAACGACGUGGGCUUCCACGGCUCCCGCAUCCGCACGCCGCACCUGGACGCGCUGGCGGCCGGCGGGGUGCUCCUGGACAACUACUACACGCAGCCGCUGUGCACGCCGUCGCGGAGCCAGCUGCUCACCGGCCGCUACCAGAUCCGUACAGGUUUACAGCACCAAAUAAUCUGGCCCUGUCAGCCCAGCUGUGUUCCUCUGGAUGAAAAACUCCUGCCACAGCUCCUUAAAGAAGCAGGUUAUACUACCCAUAUGGUUGGAAAAUGGCACCUGGGAAUGUACCGGAAAGAAUGCCUUCCAACCCGCCGAGGAUUUGAUACCUACUUUGGAUAUCUCCUGGGUAGUGAAGAUUAUUAUUCCCAUGAGCGCUGUACAUUAAUUGACGCUCUGAAUGUUACACGAUGUGCUCUUGAUUUCCGAGAUGGUGAAGAAGUUGCAACAGGAUAUAAAAAUAUGUAUUCAACAAACAUAUUCACCAAAAGGGCUACAACCCUCAUAACUAACCAUCCACCAGAGAAGCCUCUCUUUCUCUACCUUGCUCUCCAGUCUGUGCAUGAGCCCCUUCAGGUCCCUGAGGAAUACCUAAAGCCAUAUGAUUUUAUCCAAGACAAGAACAGGCAUUACUAUGCAGGAAUGGUGUCCCUUAUGGAUGAAGCAGUCGGAAAUGUCACUGCAGCCUUAAAAAGCCAUGGGCUCUGGAACAACACGGUGUUCAUCUUCUCCACAGAUAAUGGAGGGCAGACUUUGGCAGGAGGCAAUAACUGGCCCCUUCGAGGAAGGAAAUGGAGCCUGUGGGAAGGCGGCGUCCGAGGGGUGGGCUUUGUGGCAAGCCCCUUGCUGAAGCAGAAGGGCGUAAAGAACCGGGAGCUCAUCCACAUAUCGGACUGGCUGCCAACACUUGUGAAACUGGCCGGGGGACACACCAAUGGUACCAAGCCUCUGGACGGCUUCGACGUGUGGAAAACCAUCAGUGAAGGAAGCCCAUCCCCUAGAGUGGAGCUGCUGCAUAAUAUUGACCCGAACUUUGUGGACUCUUCACCAUGUCCCAGGAACAGCAUGCCUCCAGCAAAGGAUGACUCUUCUCUUCCAGAACACUCAGCCUUUAACACAUCUGUCCAUGCUGCAAUUAGACACGGAAAUUGGAAACUCCUCACGGGCUACCCAGAAAACAUCGCAGAAAAUGAAACAAUCCAUAAACCACCACCCGGAGACAGCCAUCGUAAACCUUCUCUUACACCCCUGCAACAAGACAGUAAUUAAGUGGCCUCUUCCCAGGUUGUUUUUCAAAUCCCACCGUGCCCAGCUGAGCCCUCUUAGAGAUUCAAGAUGGUAGAUAAAUAAAAUGCCAGUCUUUAGGAAAUCUUCAUUUUAAUCUUAUUAAUGAGGUCCAGAUGUUCCCUGGAUAUUGACCCUAAAGAGCCAUGGUUUCACACUCACACCACACCCUGUGCUCACUCUCCCCCACGGGGCUCAGGAGGGGGUCUGGACACCGAGGGGCCAGUGUGUGAUCAACCAGGCCAGCAAGGAAGGGACUUUACCUCUAGCGUAAACCAGAGCUUCACGGAGCCAGGCAGAGGAGAUAAACACACACGCUCCUUCUUACUCGGGAGAACAGGCAAACAGGAUUUACUAGGCUUUUAUUUACAUUAAAUGAAUCAAAGUUUAGAUUUGCCAGCCUUUUAUAAGUGAGAUCAUUCAAGUCUACACUGUGACAUGCAUUGGGUGAAGAUAAGGGUGCCCAUGCCCAGCCAGCCCCCAGCAGGAGGUGAGGGGGCAUUUGAUGAGCCCCUGCUCCCAGGAUGCUCACUUGCAGUGGAGCACAAAUGUGAGGCUUGGACAGAACGAGGAGGAUCCAGGACAGGGUGGGAAAGCAGAGGGGCUCACGAGUCAGAAGAAUGCUGUGUGAAGCCCAGCAGGAAACCCAUGUUGUCUUAAUUUUUGUUUUUGUUUUUUACUCCCAUGAGAGCUGUGAAUUCUUUCUGUAUAGUGUAUUUCUAAAGCAAAACCUUUUGAUUAGCAUGUACUCUGAAUCUGUUAGGAAAGCAGCUGGUUUGGUUUGAAAAAGUUUACUUGGACCAGGCGCGUGGUUCACACCGGUAGUUCCAGCACUUUGGGAGGCCGAGGUGGGUAGAUCAUU